GCCCUCCCGCCACGCGCUGCUCUCCGCUCGUUCCCUCCGCCAAAACGUCCCCGCAGAACAGACCCCCAAGAGCAGCGGAAACCCCCCAAACAAAGGCACUCCCUCCAGCCAUAAAGCAAUGCCAAACCGUCUCACAAACAAAGUCGCCCUCAUCACCGGCGCAGGGAGCGGCAUAGGCCUCGAAACGUCCCUCCUCUUUGCCCACGAAGGCGCCCGCGUAGUCUGCGCCGACGUGAACCAGGACGCGGGGACCGCCGUUGUGAAGAGGAUCAAUGAGGAGUUGAAGAGUGAGGUGGCGGUCUUUGUCAAGGUGGAUGUGAGCAGGGAGAGUGAUGUGAAGGAGGCUGUGAGGGUUGCUGAGGAGAGGUUUGGCAAACUCCACAUCGUCUUCAACAACGCAGGCAUCAUGCACCCCUCCGACGACAACGCCGAAACCACCGACGAGAAAGUAUGGGACCUCACCAUGAACAUCAACGUCAAGGGGGUGUGGUUCGGGUGCAAGCAUGCCAUCCCGGCGAUACGCAGGGCGGGUGGCGGCAGUGUCAUCAACACCGCGAGUUUUGUCGCGGUAAGGGGCGCUGCGACGCCGCAGUUGGCUUAUACGACUUCCAAAGGCGCCGUCCUGGCCAUGACCCGCGAACUAGCAGUCAUUCACGCCCGCGAAAACAUCCGCUUCAAUGCGCUCUGUCCCGGGCCCAUCAGGACCCCACUCCUCAUGAACUUCCUGAACACGGAAGAAAAGAAGCAACGCCGCUUGGUCCACGUCCCCGUCGGACGGUUCGGCGAAGCAAUCGAACAAGCCUACGCAGCCCUCUUCCUCGCCUCCGACGAAUCCACCUUCAUCACCGGCACCGAUUUCCUGGUCGAUGGCGGUCUGAGCGCGGCUUAUGUUACGCCAGAGGGGAGUACGACUACUCACAGUGUGCAUGGGAAUUAUUCCGGGGUUUGAAUGGGGUGUGGGAUGGGUGGGAGAUGAAUAUAUACGCGACGGGGGGUAUGUUCCUGAUUUCGACCCAACCGAAUGCUUCGUCCUGCGCUGGUAGGAGCA